UGAGCUUUCCGAGCACUGAAGAUGGCUGUCAUUUUCAGAGGGCUUUAAGGAAGCAGCAGAGAAGUUUCGGAUGGAAUCUGGGAUUGAACCGAGUGUGGAUCUAGAAACACUUGAUGAGCGGAUCAAGAUCCGUGAGAUGAUCCUGAAGGGCCAGAUCCAGGAAGCGAUUGCGCUGAUCAACAGUCUCCACCCCGAGCUCCUGGACACAAACCGGUAUCUUUACUUCCACCUGCAACAACAGCACCUCAUAGAGCUGAUCCGUCAGCGUGAGACUGAGGCGGCGCUGGAGUUCGCGCAGACCCAGCUGGCGGAGCAAGGCGAGGAGAGCAGGGAGUGCCUGACGGAGAUGGAGCGCACCCUAGCCCUGCUGGCCUUUGAUAACCCCGAGGAGUCACCAUUCGGAGACCUGCUUCAUAUGAUGCAGAGGCAGAAGGUACGACCGCUGAGGGGGGUCCUCCUUCCCCUCUGUGGGCGUGUGACACUCGGUCACGACAGCAUCGAUUCU